AUGUUGGAGUCAAUCCUUGGAGACGUUGGAGACGCCAAAGUCGAGAACAGUCAAAAGCUUUGCAAAGAGGAGAGCUUUCAAUGCUUGCGAGGGGAUCAAAAACAAACACCCCUUGUAGGGAAGGUGGAGGUGGAAUUUGGGAUAGGUUCAGCUCUGACCUCUCCAGUGCCUCAAGCAGAUCAAAGCAAUGAACACCUUUUGUAUCCCUAUGGUGAAGCCGAGGGAGACAGGCUAAAUCCCAAGGAUGAUGAUGGAACUUCACCAGAGAUUCCCAUUGCGAUGACUUUUACUUUCUUCAAAAAGCCUUACCACAGUCUUUAUGUGAACAACAACGGUGUGAUUUCCAUGUCUGUGCCUGUCCCAGAGUACACCCCCGAAGCCAUCCCCCUGACAAAUGGAAAAGCCUUUAUCACCCCCUACUGGGGGGACGUCAACAAUAUUCUAGGAGGUGACAUCCUUUAUCGGGAGAUAAAUAAAACAGAAUUACUGAACAACGUCACCCAGGACAUCAAUGAAUAUUUCCCUGAGAUCCCUUUCACUGCCAAAUGGGCCUUUGUUGCCACUUGGGACCAUGUGGCCUAUUUCGGAUCCAUCUCCGAGAAGCGAAACACCUUCCAGGCCAUCUUGACUACUGACAACAAAACUGCCUUUGCAAUGCUCAACUAUGGAGACAUCCAGUGGACUACUGGGGCAGCGAGUGGUGGAGACCGCAGCACAGGCAUUGGGGGAAUCCCGGCCCAGUGUGGCUUCAACACCGGGGAUGACAAAAACUAUUACAGCAUCCCAGGAUCCCGCACCCCUUCCAUCAUCAACAUUACAAAAACUAGCAAUGUCCAUGUCCCCGGACGCUGGGUGUUCCAGGUCGAUGAUUUCAAAGUGACUGGAGUCCCUGAAGAGCUUCUCCCUAAGGAAGGUAUCCAUGGCAAUGAAGCCAACUCUGAGGUAGAAGGCCCACAUACGGAAGCUAAUGAGAUUGUUCCUGUAACGAGCGCACCUGAGGAAGAAGUACAUGUCACCCAUGGCAACAAAGCCAACUCUGAGGUAGAAGGCCCACAUACAGAAGCUAAUGAGAUUGUUCCUGUAACAAGUGCACCUGAGGAAGAGGAACCACACGAGGAACUAACUACCCACGGCAAUGAAGCCAACUCUGAGGCAGAAGUUGACACAAAUGGCAAUGAGAAUGUUCCUGAAACAUAUGUCCCUGAGGAAGAAAAACCAGAAAACAAUGAGCAUGGUGGACUACUGGUCAAUGAAGACAACUCAAAAUUUCCUGAGCAAGAACUACCACCAAUAGAAGAGAGUGAUGAGUGUGAUUGGUAA